AUGGGCCUCUUAGGUCCAUCUCGACGCAUGCUGGGACCAACAUUUAUUGCUAGACAGGCCAUAAAGCCUUUCCGUCAGCUAUCAACAGAGGUCAAACAAAAGCCAGAGAAUUCGUCCACCCCUUCAUCAGUGCUAGUCGAGCACCGUGGCCCUCUGUCGGACUCGUAUACAAGAUUGAAAAAGUUUUCUCUAUCUUCAAUGGGACUAGCGGCCGUAUUCACGCCGUUAAUGUUCGUAAUCGACUCGGCCGUGCCGACAGGUGGACGAUUCAUACUGGGCCUGACGGCUCUGUCUACGUCUGGUUUAUCCACGGCACUUAUAGCUUGGGCGGGGUCAAGUUAUGUUACCAACCUACGGGUUGAAUCCCAAGGACCUAAUGGAGCUGGAAGACGCAUACACUUUACUACAACAACAAUCCUCUUGAAGAAUCUGAAUACGGUCGUAUAUGAUCCGCUUUUCUUGGAAAGAGCAGAGGAGUACCUCGUGAAGGUCAAACUGCGUCAGUCAAUACGUAUUCCUAUGGCCGAGGUGCAGAAGAAGGGAAUGAAGCUCGUACACGGAAGUGAGGAAACGGUCGCUGAAACUUUUGACUCGAAUGGAAAUGUCAAGGGAUGGUGGGAGGUACGGUGGAGGCAAGAGGGUGAUGCUGGUUUCGUCGGGGAAUGCCGAUCGGUGGGCAAGGUUAUCAGGUGA